UCUCUGUCUAUCUCUCUCUCUCUCUCUGUAUCUGUCUCUGUGUCUCUCUGCCAAGGAUUGAACCUGUGAUUUAAGAGCAUCAGACACAAAAAAGUCUUUUGCAUAACCACUAUGCUAUCUCCCUGGCCCAUUAUGCAUUAGAUUAAGCACUUAGCACAGUUGGUGUAGAGUAAGAAUGUGUUAUCUGUUCCUAUUGUAUUUUUCUCUCUUCAUUGUAUCUAUAUGACCAUUAAAGCCUCAAAGGAAAAGACUGAAAGGAAACUUAACUCUUUCUCUUAUUCUACAGUCAACUUUCUACCUAGACCUCCAGGUCAAAAACCCACUCCAGCAUCUGGAAAUAUUGCACCCGUAAUAUUGCCUACCACAGUGGAACCUAAUAAGACUGUCUUUACAAAAACAAGAACCAAAAGUGUGCCACAUCCACCCAGUCCAUCAAAGAACACCAAAACAGAACCUAAGACCUCUGAGACUACAACUUGUAGGGAUCAUGAGAAAGCAGGACAGGAACUUUGUUACGUGUGUAUGCAACGCAGGAAGGCCAACAGUGCACUGUAUUCUAAUGUCAAGUUGAAAAAAGAAGAAGAACAGGACGACCAAAUUCUACAUCAAUAUCAGAUAAUGAAAGACAAGGACACUGAAUUCAAAGACCAGGUAGUAGAAUGCUUGGAUUGA